GUAACAAACAUGGCCGUGGUCAUGUUAACUUCAUCCGUUGUUCAAACUGUGGAUAAGGCAAUCAAGAGAUUUUUGGUGAGGAACAUCGUUGAACAAGCUGUUGUUAGAGAUGUUCAGGAAGCUUGUGUCUAUGAUGGAUACACUUUGCCCAAAUUGUACGCCAAGAUGCUUUACUGUGUGUCCUGUGCUAUUCAUUCUCAUGUGGUGAGAGUUCGUUCUAGAGAGAAGAGGAGGAACCGUGACCCACCUCAACGUUUCAAGCGUCGGGAUCUCUAUGCUUUGUGUAUUAGUGGUUUAACCAGUUAG